AUGGAGAGGUACAGUAGCAGCAGUAAUAGGCUGUACUCAGGGCCUCUGUCUGCGUCUGGACAGAAGAUCCUAGCAGCUCUCCGUGCCCAGAGCCACAACCGCUACUCUGACACAGCCAGGGCCCAAAGCUACAGACAGCAUGAGCGGUAUGGCAGCAGACCGAGAGAGUACAAGUCAGAGGCCAGCUGGAGCAGAGGAACACAGGAGAAGAGGAGAGGGAGAGAGGCAGACCGGCCUUGGUCCAGACCCCAGUCCUACUCCCAGUCUUCCUCCUCAUGUGACCCUUCAUCCCAGAGGGACUACUCUCAGACCCCAGCCCUGUCCCAGGACUCUGCCUCCUCUUCUACCCACAGAGUGAGGUACCCUCUGGCCCUCCACACGCCCUCAAACGAGCCUCACUGGAGAGACGCACCUGAAGAGACAGAGCCCACCUUCUCACUCCACUUCGCCUUGGAGGACCAGGGCCAUUCCAGACCACCCUUGCCCAGAGCGGAGCACCCUAGGCCCCAUAGAGAGAAGCCAACUGGGGCCUGUGGACCACCAUUCUCCAGAGCUAACGUUAGCAUAGCUCCAAAGAACCAUGUAAAAAACCUAGAAACUCGAAGUGAAGGCUGGCACUUAGGCAGUGGAGAUGGAGUAUGGCAAUGCCCUGAACAUAGCCAAGAAGAAACUUCCAUAACCCCAGAGGACCAAAGAGAGAGGCUGGCUAAAGCCAAGCCCAUUGAAGUAGCCUUAGCUGGUGGAGGAGAUGCUGACCAUCGGGCCCCAGUGCCUAUUACUAAAUGGCAGUUUGGGAGUAUAGUACUGCCUCCACCUCAGAUUGCUUACAAGGCUGAAGAGAAGGCAGACUGUGACAAAAAGAGACCAGUGGAGACCAGGCUGUUACUUCCUGCAUUAGAGAGUGACGACUUCACAAUGAAGGACAUGGACAGUGGUCCGAGCUUUGAACUAAGAGUGGAGGAUGACAUUGGAGAAAGUUGUGCAUUGGAGAAGGAUAGCUUUGGAGCAAGUCACACAGGGGCUCUGCAUGGAGACACAGCCCAGUCAAAGGAGGAGAUCGUGACAGGAGGAGGACCAAAGGAGAACCUCAGCGAGAGAGACCCCAUUAUGAGGAAACGGCUCUUCGCUGAUAUGACUACUGACAACCAGAGCGGGAUGGGGGGUGGAGAGAUGGAGGGAAGAGUGGAGAGGGAGAGAAAGGAUGACAUCAAUAAAGGAGGGAUGAAGAAAAAGAUUGAGAGGAAGAACAGCAGGAGUAGUACCAAACCCCACCAGCAGAGGAAGGUGUCACCCUCACUAGGGCAGAUGAGGGAUGGAGAGGGCCAGGGGGUGACAGAGAGGGAUAGUCACCCAGAGGAGAGGAGGAAAAUGGAUGGGCCAUUGGUGACAGCUGCACAGAGGAACAGUGGAGGAAACACAGAACCCUUAGCUGCUGGACAUUUCAUUCCGAAGCCGUCUCAGGAGAGUGGGAGAGUAUUCAGAGCCCCCCCUCUGCGGGGCACCUGUCUGGGACAGACCCCCCUGGUUACUAAUCAUCACAACAACACUCAGGCUGGUGUUGGAGGCUCCAGAGAGAGGGGGUUGAGUAUAGAUCCUGCACUAACCAAACCCUCUCUUGCUGGGCAUGGAAGGGCCGCAGGGCUGGGGUCCAGCCUGACCUCUAUACGUGCUAGUGGUGAGGAGGAGAGCAGCGGCCAUCACCCUCUCCCCCCUGCCCAACAACCGCCCCUGACCCCUACCUUCUCCAUCAAAAGUAAACACGGCGCCCCUCUGUCCAAAAUCGCCCUCUUCAGGCGGCCGGUGAAAUGGGAACCCCCUCAAUCCUGUCAGGAGAAAGCAAGGACCUUGCAAGGGGGCCAGAAGUGGUGCAAAACCCAAACCCCCAAACACCCAGCUCUGACUCCAGCCUUUAGCCUAGACCCCCGAGCCAAAACCAAGACCCUCCACAAGACUGAGGGAACCAAGAGUGUUGCUCUAACCCCUAACCCCCCACAUCGACCCCCAGCCAACUCAGUUAGGCCAAGACAGGGGGUCACAAUGGGGGAGAGGGGGCUUGAAUUAACCAGGGACCAUUCUAGUUCAGACACUCCCCAGCAUAGAUCCUCCAAAAACCCCAAACCACCCAAGCUGAAGCGGGCCAAACCUGGCCCUAACCAGGGUCAACUCACCCCAGAAACUGAACCAGAGGGGGGAAGCGGUGCCGGUGACCCCCAGGCCCAGUCCAACCAAUCCAAAACCUGUCUGACUACAGCCAUGAUCUCUGACCCCAGAGUAAGGGAUGCUGGGAAGUUGAGUCCUGAAGAGAGAGGCAGGGUGCUGGAGGAGGCAGGGCAGGCCAGUGCGCUGGUUCUGACCAUGGUGUACCAGGACGGAACCACUCAGAUGGACCCAGAACAGAAGCUCAGUCCGUCAGUGUGUGGGGUGCUGGUGAUGUUGAAAAGAGAUCUGGACCAGACUGGACCAGAGCUGGGGGUUGCACAACGAGACAGCCUGGUCUACCUCAGACUGGAACAGAAACCUGCAUGGGCUCAGAGCCACCAAGACCACAACCUAGACCUCUUCAAUAGAGAGAUGCUGCUGCAGGUAGUGUCAGGGUCUCAACUGGUGGUGUGUUACAAGGCCAAAGACCUGCUCCGUACAGCACUGCAGCACUACAGACCAGACCUACACUGGAAACAAUUCUCAUCUUGUCGCGUCCAGGACCCCCAGGUAGCAGCCUGGCUGUUGGACCCAGCAGACCCCUCUUCCUGCUUCACCAACCUGCUUACCAAACACUGUAGAACACCCCCCAGAACCCCCACACCUGCCCUGGGGGCAAGGAAGGUGUCCCAGGUUAUCACGAGUCUGUCUCUGCUCUACAGGCUGAAUAUGGAGCUACGCUCUAAACUACAGAGCCAGGGUCUGUGGGAGCUGUACUCUAACAUGGAGCUGACUAUGAUCCCUGUACUGGCAGCCAUGGAGAGCCACAGGAUCCAUGUGGAUACGGAGUCCCUAAAGACAACAUCAGAGAUGCUGGGGACUAAGAUGAAGCAGCUAGAGCACGAGGCCCACCAGGCAGCAGGCCAGAUGUUUCUAGUGUCCAGCAGCACCCAGCUCAGGACGGUUCUGUUUGAGAAGCUGCGUCUGCAGGAGCGCUGUGAAAACAAGAAGCUCCCCAAGACUCUCAACAAACAACAGCAGUCUACAUCUGAGGCUGUUUUGUUGCAGCUCCAGGACCUGCACCCCCUGCCGAAGAUCAUUCUCGAAUACAGACAGGUUCAUAAGAUCAAGUCCACCUUCGUCGACGGGGUUCUGUCUUGUAUGAUGAGUAAGAACUUCAUCUCGUCCACAUGGUACCAGACCAGUGCAGUGACUGGAAGAAUCUCUGCCAAACACCCAAACUUCCAGGCCCUCCCAAGGCAGCCGGUGCAGAUCACUAAGAAGCAAUAUGUUCAAGGAAAGGAAGCAGAGGUGGUGACGGUUCACCCACGGGCCAUGUUCAUCCCCCAGGACGGCUACACCUUCCUGGCUGCAGAUUUCUGCCAGGUGGAACUGCGUCUGCUGGCUCACCUCUCGUCAGACCCUGAGCUGCAGAGAAUCUUCAACAACCCACAGGCCGACGUCUUCACCAUGCUGGCCUCACAGUGGAAGGGUGUGAGUGAAGGAGAAGUGAGUUCAGAGGAUAGAGAGCAUGCCAAGCGUAUCGUCUACUCUGUGGUGUAUGGAGCAGGUAGGGAGCGUCUGUCGGGCAUCCUGGGUGUUAGUGCUGAACAGGCCAGCCACUUCCAGGACAGCUUCCUCCACACCUACAGAGAAGUCCAGACCUUCAUACACACCACCAUCCAGCAGUGCCACAAACAAGGUUAUGUGGUGUCUAUUAUGGGCCGGCGAAGGACACUUCCUCACAUCCACUCUACAGACUGGGGAGUCCGCAUGCAGGCUGAGAGACAGGCCGUCAACUUUGUGGUCCAAGGGUCAGCUGCUGACCUGUGUAAGAUGGCCAUGAUCCGUAUCUUCUCUCAAGUCUCCUCCUCCAGCUCUCUCUCCGCCAGGCUGAUAGCUCAGCUCCAUGACGAGCUGCUCUACGAGGUGGAGGACUCUCAGGUGGGGGAGUUCGCAGUGUUGGUCAAGAACACUAUGGAGUCCCUGCAACACAUCGAUUGUCUGGGAGUUCAUCUCAAAGUCCCCCUGAAGGUGGCGGUCUCAAGUGGCAAGUCCUGGGGCUCCAUGUCUGAACUACACCUCCCCCAAACAUCUCUCCCCCCCUCUUCCUGAGUCCCUCUCUCCAUCUCUUACUCUAUCGCUCUCCCUCUUCUCUCCCUCAUUGUGCUGCAUCUCCAUCGCUAUGGAAACCAGGCAGCUGCAGCUCCUCCAAGCUCCCAAUUCUCCUUCUCGCUCUCUCCCUCUCUCUCUAUCCAAUUCUCUCCCUCACACCCCCCCCCCCCCCCCCCCCUCUCUCUCUCUCUGCCCGUAUCAGGGGGCAACGGCAGGAGCCUCCCACUGGAACGCAUCAGUUUCUUUUUUUUCAACCUCCCUCCAUUUUGUGGAGUUGUAGUCCUCCUCUCUUCACAUUUUUCUGCUCUCACCCCUCUUGUUUAGAUUUUUGGUUUCUGUGUUCCGUUGCCAAGGCAAAACCACACAGUGAGAAAUUUGUUUGGCAUUGUUGCCUUUUUAAAAGUGUUUUUCAGCUACAGUAAAUAUACCUCAUUAGCUAGAGGUUUUUUUUAUGUUUGAUUGUAUUUAUUAACUGAUAUCCUGUCUGAAUGUCCUAUUAUUGCAUUAAUUGUAAAGUAAAGCUGGACUGGUCAAUGUAUUUCUACAAUAAAGUGAAACGAUCUAGUCUUUGCAUUUCUUUAAUAAACUUCUAUUUUCUUUAUUAAA